UAUUUAUAGUUAUUUAUAAAUAAUAUCAAAAAAAUUUGCCUGACAUUAAAAUGACGAAUAUUAUAAAGUGAUUUAUGGUGAUUAACUUAUCAGUCUUUCCUGUUCUUUUGAUGAUACAGUCAUUCUAUUUCAUUGAAACUGUGAUGAAUCAUAUUAUUUCAUUUUAAUUCUUGUGUCCAUAUAAACAGUAAUCGCACGUUAUUCUUGAUGCAGUUAUACAUUUUUUGUUGUUGGUUGUAUGCUUUAAAUUUACAAAGGAAGAAAAUUAUUAAGUUGUUAAUGCCGUGACAUACAAAUAUAUAGAAUUAAUGUGUUCAUCUACAUAACAGAAAUUUAUAGUGAUUCAGUGUAAUGAUGAUGAAAUUUAUAUUAAUUGCUAAUCUCUUAAUCGCAUCUGCAUAUAAUAUUGAUACAAAUUACCCAAUACUGUAUCCGAACAGUGCCACUAAUGCGAAUCAAUAUCUAAAUACAAAAUUUGAACACAGUUAUUUCGGUUACUCAGUAUUGCUGCAUCGUUAUUUACAGGAUAAUACUUCAUGGCUAUUCAUAGGAGCACCUCGUGGAAAUUAUUCGCUAUCAUUACACAAUUCAACAAGAUCAAAAAUUUUCGAUGAACCUGGUGUAGUUUAUCGGUGUAUCUUGUCGGGUCCGUGUGUGGAAAUUAAGCCGGUUCCUGAUGCGAGCAAAAUAUCAUAUAUAGAACAACUUAGCAUGCACGCAUAUAUAAGGCAGAACCAUUCUUGGUUUGGUAGUGCAAUGGCGAUAGAAAGGAAAAACGAUUUUCUUACGAUAUGCGCUCCACGAGCAAUUCUGAACAUUAUACUCAACAAUUUGAAGGACGUGAAUACCAUGCAAGGCAUGUGUUACAGUGGUCAUGCAUCCUUGAAAAUACUGAAGAUGGAAAUGUCUGAAAUUGAACAUUUUGAUUACGGGAAAAAUGUGUGGAACGAUCCAAUGUAUGGUUUUUCUGUUGCUUUUGCUGCAUCAUUACAGAAUACGUCUGAAACAUUAAACCGUAUUGUAGGAAGACCAAAAGACAAUGUCAUAGGUAGUGUUGAUAUAACACGUUUUGUUAAUACACAUAUGCAGUACAGAUUUUAUGAAAUAUAUAAGAAAAGUAGGGAAAUAUCAAUACCAGAUGAUCAAUCGCAAAUAGGAUAUAUGAUGGGCUAUGCGGUAACAUCAGGAAAUUAUUUUAACCGAAAUCAACCUUUGUACGCCUGUGCGGAUCCAGGAUGGAGUUAUAUAGGGCAGGUUGUUAUAAUCAACUUGGACGGAAAUUUUAUUACAAAACUUCAUGGCAAUGAGAUCGGCGAAUUCUUCGGGGCCAGCUUGGCCAGCGGUGAUUUAAACAAUGAUGGUUUACACGAUCUUGUAGUCGGAGCUCCACAUUGGAAAAACGAUAACGGCAGAGUCCACGUAUAUUUGGGCACUUCAAGAGAAGAAUUCGAGGCAGUUACGAUUCUUGAAGGCGUUAAUGAGGAUGCACAUUUCGGUUAUGCAUUAGCAAUUGGUGAUAUGGAUGGAGAUGGUUUUAGUGAUAUCAUAGUAAGUGCUCCUUGGGAAAAAUCUGGAGCGAUUUAUAUUUAUAACGGCGACGCGAGUUUAAAGGAUAAAGAAAGACUUACAAUAUCGCAAAAAAUCACGAUGAAAUCAUCUGGUCUUAAUAAUCUAGCGAAAAGAGUGAAUAUACAAACGUUUGGAUUUUCAAUAUCUGAACCAGUCGAUAUAGAUAACAACGGGUAUACUGACAUCGCAGUAGGCGCCUAUAAAUCAGGUCAUGUUAUAGUACUUCGGAGUAAACCUGUCGUAAGAACAAACUUGACUUUAUAUACCAUUCCAAGUAUUUUACAAAGGAAUGUUAACAACUUUUUGAUUAAAGCAUGCGUUGAAUAUGACUCGGCAAAUACACAUGCUUUCAAAAUCUCUCUGAUCAUGGAUAAAAAAUAUAAGCGCACUAAAGAGACUUUCUUGGAAAUGUCCUCGAUGGAUUUUUCUGAUCAUAUGUGUAUGAAUGUCACUAUUACUCUUUCGAAUGAUAUUCAGAACUUUAUUGAACCGAUUGUUAUUUAUGCAUCUCAUAAUUUUACACAUAAUGACUCUGUAUCUGAAUUUUGCAAGACGUGUCCUGUUGAAAACAGACAUAGUAAAUCGAAAAGCGCGCAAAGUUUACUUCCCUUUGAUAUUGGAUGCGGAGAUGACAGAGUCUGCAAUUCCAAUAUAUCUGCAACAGUAAAACUUCAGGGAGUAAGGGAAAAUAAUACAUGGGUGAUUGGUUCCAAUGACAUCACUUUGGAGACGCACUUAGAGAACUAUGCUGAACCAGCGUACUUGACAACAAUCACAUUUAUCCUCCCAAAAGGAAUUGUACUGCGCAGUAUUUUACCUUUUUGUGAAGAAGACAUGAAUGAAGAUAUUCUGACAGUUAUUUGCAAUGUCGGCAAUCCGCUUGGAACAUAUGAGCAGAAAAUUGUGAAACUCGAUUUGGAUAUGAAACAUCUCACGAACGGUUCGUUGCACGGACAAGUUCUAGAAUUCUUAAUGGAAAUACAAACUCAUAGUGUGAAUCACGGCAUGCGCAUGAUUAAAUCUCCGUUAAUUUUGCAAAGUGAAGUGUCUUUGUUUUUAAAUGGAAAGGCGAUCGAAGAAAAUUAUUAUCUACUUAAUUUAGAUUAUGAUCAACCCAGCAUAAUUUUUCAGCAUAUUUAUCAGAUAUUAAAAUUUGGUGCGACGUUUAUAGAAGAGGCAAAACUUAUCGUCAAUCUACCAAUAGCCAUAAACGAUUUAGAACCUUUCAUAUCUUUAUAUAAACCGCGGAUUUAUAUAUCUGGAAAAUAUUAUGAUUGUUUAUCAAGUGGAGUAGAUUUAGUGACCGUACAACAUGGACUUCCAUGGGAAACAAUAUCAAAUAUGUCUGAUUUGUAUAAUCUAAAUUAUAAUAACGAAAUACUGCAGAAUACGAAUCACGAUAUGUUGAAGAGAGACGUGAAAAGUUAUGCAAUUAUUGCUGCUCAUAUCUUGCAUACAUUGUACAAUACGAGAAUGAUAAAAUCUGAAGAUCUCGACUACAAUUUGACAAUACAAGAACGCAAUAUUGCAUAUGUGAAUUGUUCAACGUAUGGUAUAAACUGUUCAACAUUAUUUUGCGACCUGAGCGCAUUAAGGACACAGCAGGACAUUGGCAAAUUAAUGAUGAAAUUAAUUUUCAAUAUCACAAAAUUAAAAGAUAAUUUCAAAUUGUCGGACGAAAUAAAGAUCAUAAAAUUCAGUACGGAUGCUCAUGUUCAAAUUAUAAAACCGGCGAAUAGGAUUGUUGAAAUGGAUAUCAGACAUGAUAUGAAUCUCGUGACAGAAUUUCAUAAUACUGAAAAGAUGCAGAAACUACAAGUGUGGACUAUAUUUGUAUCAGUCUCAUUAGGUCUAAUAUUAUUAUGUAUCGUUAUUAUAUUAUUGAGUAUGAUAGGCUUUUUCAAGAGAACAACAAAGGAAGAAUUAUCCACUUUACAAUCUGAUGAGGUAUACAAUCGAAACAGAAGAUAUAGAAGAAAUUACGCAUAUAUUCGAAUAGAAGAAAUAUAUAUUUUAGGUAUAUUUUAUGUAUUUUACUUUAGCUUUGAGCUGUAUUACAAAUCUGUUAAAAAUAAUGGCACUGAUAGGCAAUAUAAGCAGUUAUCAUGA